UGUAUUGUCCAUAAGGUUCUUCUUGAAAAUGGCUUCUAAAGAAAAAAGUAGCAAAAGCAAACAUUAUACAGAUAUGGAAAAGAAAGUAUUUCUACAAAUACUUGAUAAAUACAAACAUGUAAUAGAAGUAAAAAAAAAUGACAGCACAACAUUAAAAGAUAAAGAUGUUGCAUGGGGCGAAAUAUGCAAUGAAUUUAAUCAGUCAACGUUAAUUUGUCACGAGAGAACUGCUCAGCAAUUAAAGAAAUUAUGGGCAAAUCUAAAGCAAUAUCAACGAGAAGCAUUAACAAAGGAGAAACAGUCAUUUAUGGCAACUGGUGGAGGACCACAGGAGACAAAAAUAGAAGUCGAUCCUGACAUUGCCAAUAUCGCACCCCAUUUGAUGAAGACCGCACCAGUAUUAUUUUCAUCUAAUAUGACAGAAACUGAAAUUCAAGAUAAACAUGACUUGGUGUUUGAUCUCAUAUGUACUGACGAAGGUAUAGAAGAAUUGUCUAAUACAGGACAUGUGAUAAACAUAAGUGAUGUAGAAAGUACUACUGCUUCGCCAGCGUAUUUCUUUGACUAUGGCAAGUACUAA